AUGAAUAUUAGAAAUGAUAUAAAUUCACCAUCAAGAUCUUUAUUAGAAUCAAAAGUUGAUAGAUUGAUUGUUCAAUUAAAUGCUAUUGAAAAUACAUUUCAUGAAGAAAAUAGAAUUUUACAAACUUUAAUUCGUAAUCAAAAUGAUAAAAUUGAUACUUUAUCUAAUAUAAUACAUAACUUGGUAAAUAAUAGUAAUAAUAAUAAUCCCAAUGGUUCAAGUCAUAAAAAGAGAAAAACAAACAACAACAAUAAUAAUGAAGUAAAUGAUCAAUUGAUUGUACAACAUGAUGAUAUACAAAAUUCCCCACCUGAAAUAAAUCAACAAGAUGAUGAUGAAGAAGUUCAAGAAGUUGUUGAAGAUGAUGAAGUUUUAAAUUCAAUUCAUGCUUUACAAGGUGGCGUUAAUGUUAGUGAUUUACAAAGAUCAAAUUUACAACAAUUGAAUCAUUUACAACAUCAACAUCAACAUCAACAAUCAAUGUUGGAUCAAAGAAGAGCUCAAUUGCAUCAUCAAAUUCAAUCUCAAGGUUCUAAUCUUUCAAUUGAUAAUAAUAUGGAUCCUGCAUUACAUCAAGUUGCCACUGCUGCAGUCCAACAACAACAACAACAACUUCAACAACCGCAACAACCACAAGAGGGUCAAUCACAAACCGGACCUAAAAAGCGUAAAAAAUUAGGUAUAUAUACAAGAGAAAAAGUUGGAAUAACAGCUAGAAAAAUCAAAAUCGAAUUUUUACAAAAUCCAAACACUGUACGAGAUAUAUAUCAAGAAUUUUAUCACGGUUAUAAGAAUCAAGAACCACUUUGUGAAUUAGAUGCAAAAUACGGUAAACAUGAAUGGAGAGGUGAUUCAAGAUCAAAAGAAAGUAAAAGAUAUCAAAGAAGAAAAAGAUUAUGUGAUGCUAUAAAAAGGGGUGCAUAUAAGUAUAAUAAAACUGAUGAUGAAAUGAUUGAAUAUUUGGAAGCUUAUAGAAAAGAAAAAUCUUUAACUUGGAUUAUGAAUGGUCAUUUACCUCCAGACCUUGAAGAUUGA